AUGACUGUCACAUCACCACCAGGACCAAGUCGCCGGAUAUUCCUACUCGCCCAACCGCGCACGGCGUCGAAUCUCUUGGUCCGACUGCUGGGACUAGAAAAUCAAUCCAAUGUCUAUUGGGAUGAGCCUAAAUCUUGUCCAUUUGUCGACAGAAACCACUUGAACACACUUAUCCCACUGGCAAGCAAGCCUGUUGACGAGUGGACUGAGGAUGAAAUAGCCGAAGUUAAGAAGGGUUUCCAGCGGUGUUUCAACAAGCUUGACCAAUACGUUGCUGUUGGAGAAAAUGAUGGCAAGGUCAUAUUUGCAAAAGAUCACUGCAAUCUAAUGUGGAGGCCGGACGUGCAUAAUCAUCUUAAUGACAAAGCCUCCAAGGAAUUCGAAGUCUCACUGUCACCUCGCCAUGAGUUUGCCCAAGAAGAAAUGCCGCAAAACCCCACAGUCUUACCUUCGCAGUACUUGGUAACCUGGCGGCCUAUAUUUGUGAUACGACAUCCAGCUCUUUCGUUCGCCUCCUAUUAUCGAACUUCUCUCCGAGCUCACGCUUCUAAAGAUAAAGAUAUGACGCCGCUCCGCCGUGAGGCGCUGGAAAAGCACAGGAAGACUCAGAUGUCGUUCUCCUUCACCAGAUCCCUGUAUGAUUGGUAUUUGGAAUGGUCUACCAAUCAAGAUGAUACAAAUAUGGUACCCGUCCUGCUGGAUGCCGAUGAUUACAUCAACGACCCAGAAAUUGUUCGUCAUCUUGCUAGAGAACUGGAGCUGGAUGAGUCGAGUGUGCAGUGCUCGUGGAGUCCAAGAAGUUACGAAGGCGCCGACUACUUUUUGACAGUGUGGCGAGACACGUUGGACUCAUCAAGAGGUGUCCUAAAGGACAAAAUGGCGAGAAAUUUGGAUAUUGGAUAUGAGUAUAUGAAGUGGAAGGCGGAAUUCGGAGAGAGUGUUGCCCAUAUGCUUCUGGAUUGUGUUAUGAACGCGAUGCCUGAUUAUCACUAUCUCAGAUCCAAACGAUUUUGUUAA